AUGGCAUCUGCGACACCGGUUUCCACAGAACAAGCGCCUCCAAGGCCUCUGUCGUUCGCCAAGGUUGCGGCUUCCGCCAUAAAGCCUCAGAUGUCGAAGGAUUCCGCUCCGAAAGCGAGACCGCCUGUCGCGACACCCAAAAUACCCGCAGUCGCCCAGAAGGCGCGCGCCACACCCAUGCAUGGCGAAGCAGCGCCCAAAAUACUUGCGGAAAGGCGAGAGGAUAUCGAUGCGAGCAGCAGCGCUGAAAAUGCCAUGUCGCAGCCCGCGCAGCAGACAGUUCCUGCUGAGCUUUCAGAAACACGCUCCACGGAUGCAAAAGGAGAUGUCCCCGACAGGCCCCAGUCUGCGGCUGUGGUAAAGGUGUCUGUCACCGAGGACAGCAGCACUCAGCUAUCUUCAUCAGAUGGAUCUGGGAAACCUCCCAGCAUUGAUGGAAAGAGUGUUGCUUCUGCGACAACAUUUGCACUGGACGAGAAGGAGUCGUUACGACCGGAUGACAGUGCUAGCCUCAGGGCAGUCGAGGAAGAGGAUGUCACGUCUCCGCCGGACUCGGUCGUUGCAGACUCCAGGCAGGGGUCUGAUCAUGGCGCUGCGCGUGCCUUUCGGGACCAAUUACAUGAAAUAGCUGUCAUGAAUCCUCAACCUCAUCGAGGGGUUCCCGCAGGUCGGUUUCCGACGCUACCCAAUGGUCCGCAAACAUUGUACGACCCUAACCAGUCGCUAAACGGCGCGGGGCCCAUGCCACAGCCUCUGGUCAACGGCAUGCCUUCACUGAAUGGUGUUCCGAACAUGCCCGCCAUUCCAGACGAGAAGUUGCUCGAGGCGCUACGGUCUCCACGUGAUCGGCUGUUCGUUGUGAAGAUAGAACAAGACUUCAUUGAUUUCAUCAAAGACUCUCGGAUGCUUGCUCACCGUCUUGCCGACUACUACUUGCUCGGUCAUGUAGUUGACAAUACCAUGACGGGUGUAAAGAUCACACGUACCCCUUACUGUAGAAUUCCUCCCCCCGUUUCACAGAUGGUAGAUCCCGCCAAGGGCACCAAUACACCUCCCGUAGAGCUCCCUGCUCGGAAGAUCAUGCGUCGCGACGAUGGCAAAUCAGGUACAAACACUGGAGCUAACUCGCAGAAUGCCUCGAAGACGACCUCUGAAAUGGGUGGCAGCGAGGGCAGCAACGAUGGUGAAGGCAACAAAGACAAAGCCGCUCUGUCCAGAGAGGAGCGAGAGGCGCGAUAUCGUGAGGCUCGUCAGCGCAUCUUUGGUAGUGCAGAAAGUGAAGAGCCCGGCACGGCCGAAGCCAGCGGAUCCGGAGAAGACAAAGAAAAAGGGAAGGACAUCUCACGAUCAAGUUCAGCUGCCGGGAAGAAGAAACCCAAGAAGCAGCGUAACUACGACGACGACGACUUCCAGGCUCGGUCCCGCUUCAAUGUUUACUACCCGCAACAGUACCCUGUGGCUACAUAUACCGGAGACAAUGCGGUCUACUACAACGGCUACCCAGCACCUGCUCAGAACGCGCCGUACGCGACUAUGAACCCUGGUGCAUCGCCUCCGGCAACAUACAGCAACCCGUAUCCGGGCAUGAUGCCCCCGGAAGCGCAGUCACAGUAUGGCUGGGCUGGUCAGCAGUACCAGGCUCCCAAUGGGUCGAUGAUGACGUACCCCAAUUAUGGACAGAUGCCGAAUGGGUAUGAUCUAUCAACGGACUUCCAGCGGGGUAUGUCAUCGUUCCAGAACGCUGGUAUGCCCUCCCAGGUCACCCCAAAGAUGGCCAAUCCACAGAUGGCGUCUUACCAAGAUACCUAUCAGCAACCUCAACAUAUGCCUAUGAACUCAGGCUGGUCUCAACCAAACCAGCAGCCAUCAUUCCAUAUGGGUCAGGGCGCAUAUGGUGCCCAAAAUGGUCCCGGCAACCGGCCAAUGUCCGCACCUCACCAGGCACCUAUGCCUGGCUACCCAUAUGGACAGUUCGCCUCAAAUGCGUACAACGGAAAGCCCAACCGCAACCAGCACCCUCUUCCUGGAAGUUAUAACCGGGGUCAGUUCAACCCGCAAACCCAAGCUUUUGUGCCCGGUGGACGUAACAUGCCCUUUGGAAUGCAACAAAACAUGAUGCAGGGACAGCCUCAGAUGAACGGCUAUGGUGGAUACCAAAUGUCUGCCCAGGCUUCUAUGCCUGGACAGAUGUCAAGACCUAACCCUUCCGCUGUCUCCACACCGCCGUUUGGGUCGCCUCAAAGUAUGCAGGGAAACAACUCAGCCAUAUCCAUGAACCGAACUGCUUCUCAGUCUGGUGACCCGGGUUCAUCCCAAAGCAGCAUCGCAAAGUAUGGUACACCUUCACAUCUACCUCGAAAGCCUCCAGCUCCUGCACCGGCCCCACCGUUUGCGCUACCCUCCAUGACGCGAGUACCGUCAUCAGGGAUUGCUAACAACGCUCCUGCCAUGCCCAAUCGAGGCAUGUCGGGCACCUUCAACAACACGACGAACCCUAAUUAA